GUGCGCCACAUUGUUUCCCCAUUUCUUUCCUGGAAACGGUUGCUAACAACAUACUACUGCGAGCGAGUUUGCUAGCGAACUAAUUGUGGCAAUACAAGGGAGCUAUAAAAACUAAAAAAAAAACUAACCAGAACGAAAACUUUCAACUUUCACCCACAGUCAAAGUUAGCACAAUGCCUCGUGGGAGGUCAGCAGUCAGCAUCCUCUCUGACAGUAGUGAGAUGGACAUCGAUGGGAUUGCGGAGGCCGAGCUGGCCAAGCUUCAGAGGCAAUUCCGUAUCAUGGAGGGCGACCGGCAGGCUUACAGCAUCGAGACCCAGAACCUGAUUCGCAGGCAGCUGCAGGAGAUUCAGAAGCUCCAGAAGGAGCACGAGGAGCUGCAGUGUAGCCUUCGUGUGUCGGAGAGCCACGCCCGCCGGCUGCGUGACACGGAGGCGACGCAGACCCUGCGCAGCACGCUGGAGCGACGCGACGAAGUGGAGGAGCAGCUGGAGAGAGAGAAGCAGGCUAUCGCGCAGCUGGACCAGGAGAUUUUUAGCCUGGAGAGGAAGCUGGCAGACCGGAGGAGAGGGGGCAGCGCGGUGAACCUUAACCGAAAAGCCCAGGCCAGCCAGACGCACCAGGCCAGCCACACCCUGGAAAACAAGCUGCACAGGGCCUUGACCAGUUUUAACAAGCAGCUGGCGAAGAUUGGCAGUCUGAGGGAAGAGCUGGAGACUCUGCAUGUGGAGCGGGACAGGUUUCAGCACCUGUACCGCAGACUGAUCAAGGAGCUUCAGGAGUUACGCAAGGACAUCGGGGAUGUAGUCGACCAAUCCACAUCCGCCUACGAUGCUAGGGUCGAGGCCCAGUGUAAGACCGUGACGCUGAACGAGAAGGCCGUGAAGGACCUGGCGCAGUACAACGUGGAGAUGCAGGAGCUGGAGAGGAUCAUCGCCCACGAGCACCGGCUCAAGACCUUCAUGAACGUCAAGAACCAAGAGCGAGCCGACGAGGACGCCCAGGACCUGAGCCGCAAGCAAGCCACAGAAGAGAGGGAGAAGAGGAAGACUGAAUCAGGGGAGGAAAGCAUAGCCUCUCUGGAGGAAGCCUUCAUUCGGAUCCAACGCAUCACUGGAGAGGAGGACCUAGACCUGCUCGUCAUGAAGUUCAUUGAGGUUGAAGACCGGAACUUUGCCCUCUUCAAUUACGUCAACGAGCAGAACAACGAGGCUGAGACACUGAGGGACCAAAUCAGCCAGAUCCAGCAGGAGAUGGCCCAGUUCCGCCAGGAGGGGCAGAGGCAGGAGAGGGAGCGAGGGGCCCUGCUGAGGGAGAUCGGCGAGCAGCAGGAGGAGACGGAAAAGCAGACACAGGCCUACGAGCAGCGCGCCACCGUGCUGGCCAAGAUCCUGGACCAGCUCAAGACAGGAGUGAGCGACGUGUUCCAGAAGAUCGGCUGCGACCGCUCGGUGAUCGAGGACAUGCUCGGCUCCUCCAGUGGCAUCCGGGACAGCGACCUGAUAACCUACCUGAGCCUGGUGGAGCAGAAGACCAACGAGCUGCUCACCAUACAGUCCUACCUCAUGUCCAAGGACCUUGAGAAAGAUUACGACCCUGAAGAUGUCGCCCGUGUCUUGCUGGGUCAGAGUCCACAGCUUACCAGACAAAAUUUAUCUAUCCUGCCUCCCUCCAUUGGAGACACCAUUGACCCGGAAGAGUCCUCCCUCACUGACGAGGAACGCCCCCUGACAAGGAAUGAACUCCAAGAAAGAGUCCUGAAGGGGAUAGCAAGCACAAGGAUUAUUGUAAGUACCCUCUGCACAAACAGCUGUCAAAGUAAACUGACAAUUUUGCCUGGCAAAUGGGGGGGGGCAUGACCCCUCAAAUUGAGCGUGCAUGACACUGCUACGCCAUUAAAGAGGUGCCAGAGCUCUGUUCGUGUACCUCAGUUCACCCCCCGUGUUCUGGCCCAGGUCCUGCGUAAGGAGAAGAGCACCCGGCCAGACGCCAAGCUCCCCAAGGUCGGCGUGGUGACCAGCAGUCGCCAGCACCCCGCCGAGGUCUGACGUGGAGCACCCGCACCAACUGCCCGCCUGGUUCCCGCGCACCCGAGUCUGUUUGUUUUCACUGUUCUACUGCAAUGGAACAGACUUUUCAGAAGCAGCCAAUCAUGGGUCAGCUCCAGUGGGCUCGAUGUGCAAUGCUAGGAUGCUUCAAAUGCAAUUCAUUUACGAAACAAUGAUGUACAGCAACCAUAUCAGUGUUGCCACAACAGAAUCCAAAGAGCAGUGAUUAAGUCCCUAAAAAAGUGAACAAGUGAUAAAAAAGUGAAGCAAGAUGAAUCAGUUAAUCUGGUUAUCCAUCAAUAUCAUUGAUAACUCAACACCACAAUGGAUAUCAGCACAGCACAAAGAAUCUAGAUGACAAGGCUUAAUCUUGACUAAGUUGUAGGACACAGGGAUGGGGGAGGUUGUGCCAGGGGUAAAGGGAAGAUCUGAAUAAAUCUUUGUUAGAAGCUGCUGAGCCCCUUGAUACUGCCUUCCCAUUGAGUUGGGACCAGCUGAGACAGCAUGGCUUUAAUUCAACCAAUCACGUUUGUCUUUAACUUUACUAAGAUAUGGAUCCAAGUGUUUGUGCUUUCUUUGUACUGGUUACAACUUACUUACGGCAGUAACUGAACUCACAAAAAUAUAUUUGUGAAUAAAACAU